AUGCCCGUUACUCGACAGAGCGUGACUAAACGGGCUUGCGAUGGGUGUAAAGUUCGCAAGAUUCGCUGUGGUGGAAGCCAGCCAUGCCAGGCAUGCAAAAACUCGAAGAUUCAAUGCACCUAUAACCGUGUACAGCAGCUGCGAGGGCCGCGGAAUUUGCGUGCGACAACGAAGCAUCUCAUAGAGCAGACACAGCGUGGCCUGGAGGCUCAAUCCGAUGCAGUUCCUUCGGUUGCGGCCAGUGGACGGACCAACUCCCAGAAAAUAUCUCGGAUACCGACGGAAGUCCUCUCAUCCACGUUAUACAUAUACCAAGCCCGCAUGUAUCCGAUCUGGCCCAUUGUGAACAUCCAGCACCUUGUAUCGAUUCUACAAAAUAACUCUGAAGGAGCAGAUCUUAAUGCAUACGCACUGGCAACUGCUAUUGCGGCAGCAACCCUAGCGCAACUGAUGGUAGAAAAUACCUCAGGCAAAUUAUUCACCGCGGAUACUUUUGCCGCUGAGUGUUUACGCGCUCGAAAUUCCUGCGGCUAUAGACCAAAACCUAGCAUCGAUAGCGUUCGAACUUCGUUCUUUCUUCAUGCAUACUAUGAAAAUCAACAGCCAGGAGGCAGUGAGUCACUGCUAUACCUCAGAGAAGCCAUCACGCUGGCUCAGAUGAUGCGCAUGCACCAGGAAGCUUCGUAUCAAGACCUUAACGGUGAGGAACAGCAGAUUCGUCGCCGAGUUCUGUGGUUGCUUUUCGUGACGGAAAGAGGUAUCUGUGUCAUCCACAAGCUGCCAGUGAUGCUUCGGACAACAAUCUCCACACAUGGGUUACACGUUAAUGAUGAACCACAAGUCCUACCCGCGUUUCUAAAACUUUUGAACCUAUUCCGUCUCUUCGAAAAGUCCAGGAUGUUCGACAUUAUUGGAGGGGAUACUGUUGACGGACAGUUGAACUCGAAUGAUUUGAAUAAACCUGACGAAGGGUUGCUCAAGCUCCUACAGGGUGGGCAACAGGAUGGGACAUUGGGCCUUACUUCAGAUGUGCAAAAGGCAGAUAUCUAUGUCACCAAAAAUUGGAUGCGAAUGCUCCUAUGGAAAGUUCUCUCCAAAAACAAGACAGCUACUCUAUCUGCUUCGUGGUCGAUCUCACCCUCGUUUCCCGUUAUCGUCGCUAAAGAGCUCCUCAACAUGCUAUCUCAGUUGCCCAGACCGGCGAUGGAGGCUCAUGGCCUUGGGAUGGAGUUGAAAUUGCAUGAGAUCGCCAAUUCGUUGGCGGAUGCGGUGUUAAAUAUGGCGACUCUUCCUCGAGCGUUAAUCUGGGAUGGCGAGAACCGGCCGAGCCACAUUCUAGCAAAGCUGCAUUCUUUACUGUCUACCUUUCGCGGCGGCGGCAACAAGAGACUGGUAGAGCUAUUAUGGCAGAAAAUGGCCCAUGCGCAAUCUGUCGGUGAUCUCAUAUUACCAACAUCUAUCGGAACACCGUUGAUGGCAGAUAGCCAACAUCUCAAUCUGGUGGAAAAUUCCAGUGAUGAUAGAAUAACAGCGAUAGGAGGGGUUGCUCUCCCGCAAUACGAAAACAAUCAUUCAGCUGAAAUGGUCACAAUCACGGAUUGGUCCAGCCUCGAAGGCCUGCAGGGGAACGACUACAAUGCCCCGCCGCUUGACAACUCAGACAGUCUCUGCCAGACUUUCUUCGAGGAUUUAAUCUCUGGAACGGCCUCAAACACAACGUACGCAGCAUGUGUGGCACCUGAUCUUGAUUUUGCUUCCACAUGGCUGGAAUCUUUUGUUGUGCCGGAUGGCACGGGACAGAUGGCAUCUUUCACACCCCUGGGACCAUGGCAGCUGCAUUCUGGCGGAGCGACUUUUGAAGAUUGUUCAUCACUGUUUACAAACGCUGUGGGUGGUGAAACAUCAUUUGAAGAUCCAAAUGCUGCAAGUGAGGAUUUGAUCAUCCAACAGGACACCAUCGCGGGCAGUUGA